AGUUUGGCGUUGAAAGUGGAUGCUAGAAACGUAAAUCUAUUUGAUUAAAACUUGUCCUAAUAAAAAGUUCAAGUUAUUUAGAAUGGAGUUCAUAAAUUUUCUUAUGAAUCCAAAGAUAAAUCAGCCAUGUUUAUUGUGUUUUGCACAAGUUAAUAACUGUCCAACAAACAUUUACUCUAAUUUUGAAAUAGAAAACAAAUACUUCAGUGCGAAUUUAAACUUAAAAGACAUGAUAACAUACUUAUUUCCCGAAUAUGAUAUAAGUUUGUCUCAAGCUUGUGAGUCAUGUACAGAUUUAUUAAUUAAAAUGUAUAUCAAAUUAAGGAAUAAUAAAAUUAUCAAAACUGUUAUCCUAAAUUUAAUUAAUGAUUUAAAUUUGGAAUUAGAUAAAGACGGAAAUAUUUUGUCACGACCAUGUUAUUUAAAUAUUAAUAAAUCCAAGCUAGCAAUAGAAAAGGAAUGGUCACCUAUUUACCCAAACACUGUUAGUUCAAGUGAAAAUAAAAUAAAGGGUAUUAAUAUUCAAAAGCAAUGCGAGGAGUGUUAUAAGACUUUUAGUUCUAUUAAAACAUACAAACUACAUAUAAAAACUCACAAGAGAAGACGGCAAAAAACUUAUUACUCAUGUGUUCAUUGUGACUACAAAACAUUAAAUAAGUCUUCACUGCAGGGCCAUAUUAAUAAAAGCCAUAUAAAAGUGAGGCAGUUUGUCUGUCAAGUAUGUUUUAAAAGCUUCUACCAUAAGAAAAAUUUGACCGAACAUGUACGGAGUCACACUAAAGCAAGAGAUGAAGUUUGUGAGAUAUGCGGAGAGACAUUUUUGCAUCGGAAGAACUUGUUGGAACAUUUGAGAUUGCACAACAAUGUAAGGCCAUAUGAGUGUAACAUAUGCAGUAAAAGGUUUAUAACAUCUGGACGUAGAUCAGAUCACAUUAAAAGAACUCAUAGAGAAAAGAAUGAAGUCUGCUUACUCUGUGAUAAGAGGUUUAGUUUACCAAAAGAACUUACCAGGCAUAUUAAGUCGGUGCACUCAUAGAUAUGACAUCAUCUACAUACCAUAAUAAAAUGAUUAAAAUAAAAUGAUUUUAAUUUUCAUAA